AGCUUGUCAAUUUGAAUAAAAUUGUGUUAGAAACAGUGAAAAUCUGCGUAGAAAUCGUGUAAAAUUUUAUCCAUUAAUAUUAUUUUUCAGAAUGAGCUCUUUUGGAUUUUUAUCAGGCGAUACUGUAAUUGAAAGAAUGUUGUCAGAAAUGUGUAUUAAAAGGGAAAAAAGUGGAGUGGAUUCGGGCUCACAGGCUUAUUAUGAGUCAAGAAUAUAUAUAAAUAACAAUUUGCGCGAAACAUGUUUGCGAAACAUGGAAGACCCCCAAAAUGAUUUAAUUACUUUGAGCACAGUCUUUUUGGCAAACAUGAAAGAAUCCAUCUCACAACAAAUCGAAUUCAUCAAUAUGUUUGCUAUACAGCCCGAUACUGAUGAGCAGAAUGAGUUGAAAAUUGUUUCGAAAGGAUGGUACACAAUGUUAAGACGACAGCUUAUGAAGCAUCACGGUAUUUUGGCAACCGCAUCAAACCAAGCGGCUGAUUGUGAUCGUUUUUGCAAAAUAGCAGAACAUAUUCGGUUAAACUGCAAGACUGAAAGACGGAUUGCACGCGAUUCGAUUGAACGUUAUCCACCGGCUGGAAAUUAAAAGUUGAAUUUAUUUCACCAUCACCAUUACCUCCACUACCAUUCCAUACAUUCAUCAUAUGUAAUUUUUUUUUUUUUUAAUAAAUAUUGUAUAAGCGAUAUUAACUAGCGCACGUUUGGCUUAUAAAAAUUACAAACUUGAAAUAGAGCAACUUAUCAACGAAGACCCACAGAAGUACCAGUAUCAUAUUAUUGUUUUGACAGCUGUCACCGAAACAUGUUUAUUUUUUUCAAUACUC